AUGGCAGCUUCUUCUCCUUUGAACAUAAAAUCCAAUUUCCACGGUCGCUCAAUCAGCUUGCCCUCUAGACCACACCCCGUAGUUGUUAAAUGCAGUGAACAUUUGGAGACCUUAUUAAAGUCUUCAAAUGAAACCUUCUCCUCAUCGUUACUUUUCCAUAAGAUUGAUGGUUUGCGAGAUUUGAUCGAGUGUGUUGAAAAAUUGAUUCAGCUUCCACUCACUCAAGAAGCACUUAUCGAUGAACAACAAGGAAAUUGGGUAAAUAACCUGUUGGAUGGAUCCUUACGGCUUUUGGAUGUGUGUAGUGCAGCGAAAGAUGCUGUAAUUCAUACAAAAGAAUGCACAAGGGAACUACAUUCCAUCAUAAGAAGAAGAGGAGGCGGAACUGAGGUGACUGCAGAGGCUAAGAAAUUCUUAACAUCUAGAAAGGUUGUGAAAAAGGCCAUCUCCAAAGCCUUGACAAAUAUGAAGGUUACUACCAAACACUGCAACAUGUUAUCUACAAACAAAGAUCAUCAAUCAGUGGCUUUAAUUAACUUACUCCAAGAUGUUGAAGUAGCUACACUUUCUACAUUUCAAAGAAUAUUGCAAUAUAUCUCAGGGAGCACACAUUCAAAAUCAAACAGUUGGGGUUCCAUUUCGAAGCUAAUUAAACCCACAAGAGUUGCUUGCUCUCUAGUGGCAGAUGAAAGUGAAUUUUCCCAAGUGGAUGUAGCAUUGCAAUCUUUUGUAAUUGCCAAGACUAGAAAACUUGAAGGCGUCAAUGAUCUCCAAAACCACUUGGAGAAAACUGAAUGUUGCAUUCAAGACUUAGAACAAGGGCUUGAGUUUCUUUUUAGGCGUCUCAUUAAAAUCAGAGUCUCACUUCUUAAUAUCCUCAACAAUUAG